AUGAUUGUGGGCACAGAUGAGGUGGGGCAGGACCCGCCCUUCCUCUGCUCCACCCACUGCGCCUUCCCACCGCCCGCCCGUCUCCGCGAAGGGAAGGACGCGGCUCCUCCCCCGGCCAGGCGGAGGCAGCGCCCCGGGCAUCUCCGGCGCCUCCUUCGGCGCUGGGCGCCCGGGCGCGCGGCGAGGUGCGGAGCCGUGCGCGCCCGGGACUGCGCUCUGCCAUGGAGCCGGCGCCCGCUGCUGCUGCUGCUGCUGGGCUUUGCCAUUUUCGACUGUGUGACUGGGGAUGGCAAUGAAACCGCCGAACAGGAAACAAAGAGGCUCUCCUGUGGCUACCCAAAUGGAAAUUGCACAGGCGGCACCACAGGACUGAGGUGGAGAGGGCAUUUUUCAAAAUGUCCUGAGGAGUACAAGCACUACUGCAUCAAGGGAAGAUGCCGUUACGUUGCAGCAGAACAGAUUCCGGCAUGCGUCUGCGAGAAAGGCUACACCGGCGCAAGGUGUGAGAGGUUGGAUCUGUUUUACUUGCGAGGGGAUGAAGGUCAGAUUGUGGUGAUGUCUUUGAUAGGUGUGAUGGUGACGCUCAUCGUCCUGACUGCCUGUAUAUGCACCUGCGCUCAUUACUGUAAAAAAAGGCGCAGGAAGAGGAGAGAGGAAGAAAUGAUGACAUUUGAGAAGAGGCUGCCUAUUAAAACAGAUGAUAUUCUAGAGACAGACAUUGCAUGAAGGUUGUCAAAAGGUGCUUGCAGGCAGGUUCCCUACUUUCCAGUGCCCUUUUCAUCUUGACAGAACUCAUGAGGGCUAGUGACUUGAAAACCAAUGUGGCUAAAUGGAUGCAGGUGUAAUAAUUGCUGUGCGUUUGUGAUUUGAUUCUGCGAAAAAAAUCAGGAGGAAUUGUCUACCAUGGGAAAAACAGGAAUUUCCAGAAGCACAUAAUGGAUUUUCACAUAUCCCCUGCUUUUCAUAUCCCCUUCAGUGCUUCAAUAACCCCCCCUUGAAUUUGCCAGCAUGGAAGAGAAGCAGUCGUUCUUUUUUAUAAAUAAUACAGGAAUAGAUGUAAUAAUCUGUAGUAUUUUUAUGUACAGCAGAAUUUGUGAACCAAAGUGUGCCUUUAGGAGCAAAUGUAAAUGCCGAUGAGGUCUGGAUGUUGUAUUUAUACAAAUAGCUGCAGCUUUAAUUGAUGAUAUGUUUUUUUGAUUUUUAUGUGGGAAGGAUGUUUUCAGUUGGCGCAGCUGACCUCUUGCUUUACUUUAAAAAAGAGAGUUGCAUUGUAACUGUAGUAAUGAGAAUUUGGAAAAUGUAAAUUUCCCUGUUCUGUGUGUCUUGUCUCUUAGAUAUUUGAAAACACAAAAGGCAGAUGAUUUUUUGCAGGUAUCUUAUGCUUCCAUUAUAUCAGAGCAAUACUAAACAGCAACGGGUCUCCUGCACUUUAAAAUA